AUGGAGAAACUCCCGAUCCACUCAGAUGGCGAUCCUCAGGAUCAAAACGAACGGACUCGUCCCAGCACAGCUACCUUCUUACGUCGCCUGUGUAUUGUUGUGUUGUUCCUGGUCGGCUACUACCUGCUGAUUAGGCCAUCUUCCACAUGCACUCAGCACCACACAAAGCUUCCCGAGAGCUAUACCCUGGGUCUUGAAGAUAUCACAAAUGAGGACAGCCACAACCCAGACGCGGGACACAUUCCUGAUGCACAGAGCACACCUGCGCAAACCAAGAUCCCGCUGGAGGCUCACAUCAUGAGCAAAUGCCCAGAUGCUCAGGCCUGUUUGCAGAAGCUGAUCUUACCGGCCAUGGAAAAGAUUUAUGACAAGGUGGAUUUCAGACUGUCCUUCAUUGCUAAUGCAUCCGAAAGCUCCGAAGAGAUAGAAUGUAUGCAUGGUCCAGGUGAAUGCAUCGGUAACAUGCUUAUGCUCUGCGCGGCCAACCUUCCUUUCCCUCCCCCUACGGACGAAUCCCUUCUCCCACCAGCCUACCCUCGAACACCUAUCAUCAGGUCUCUGGGAUUCGCAAACUGUCUAAUCAAUGACUAUGCCAAGAUCCCGGAUCGUGAAUUCAUUCAUCAGUGUGCAAUGGAACACGGGAUUGACUUUGACUCACUGAAUAAGUGUGCCAGCCAGCAAAAUGAUGACCCUGGUGAUGGUGACGACGGUGGACCACCGCUGAGUGGCAUCGCUUUGCUGCGCGAAAGCGCUGUGCGCGGUGCUAAACUUGGCGUCAAGACAAGCUGCACUGUGCGCUUAGAUGAUGCUUUCUGGUGCAUUCGUGACAACAAUGAAUGGAAGAACUGCGCCCAGAAUGGCGAAGGCAGCAACCCUUCAGUUCUGGUUGAUCAAGUCGAGAAGCUCUGGAAGGAGCGGAACUGA